UGCAACAUAACACUGACAGCGCAACUAGUUUGGUUUUGCCUGGCACGUCAAGAACUCCAAGACUACAUGCUUCAAAGCUGGGUUAAUUCAGUUUAAGAAAUGCAAGUAUAAUUACAAUGAAUAAAGGCGGAGAUCUUCAUGUCUACAGUUGAGCAACCGAAGAAAUAAAAAACGUGAAAGUGAAUAUUUCCUCAUGACAGAAGGACAAGAGAUGCAGUCGUCGCUCAUGUGGGCUCUGUCUUCAGGGCGAGAUAGCUAGUCUUUCCUAAUCUUAUCUGUAAGCCGUUUGUUAUUCCACCUUUAAAGAGCUACGAGUGGGAUUCCCUACAUCUGAUUAGACUUUUCUACAACUUGUUCUUAUCAUGGAGAUGUACACGGACAUCUUACUGGUCACUGCAAACGUGGGAUCACUGUUUGACAAUGUGGGCGAGAUUGAAAGAGACUGGCUGCGAGAGUUCUUUACUACGGUCCACAUGUACAAGCCACGCUUCGUCGCCCUACACUUUCAGGAAGUUGGUGGAAAGGACUAUAUGGUGAACAUGGGCCAUGCAGAGAACUUUUUCUGGACCAUAGAGUCUAGCUCUGAGAUGGCAGACUUCGAUAGAGUAUGUGUCUAUGUGGACAGUCAUUUCAAGGCUGUGGACAAUUUCACGGCUUUGGGAAGCAUGUAUUUCAUCCAUAAAUCACUGAAGAAUAUCCAGCAGUAUGAUUUCAAUGUGAAGGAUUUUAAAGUUGUCUCAGGCCAUAACAAGUAUGUGGGCUCGCUGGAUGGAGUGACAACCAUGGAAAAAGAGAAAUUUCCCAAGAACUUUUGGCCUGAUUUCAAGUGGUCCAGAAAAGGCUACAUGAGGACACGAUGGAUCAUUCACGACCAGGGCUUAGAUCUGGUGAAUGUUCAUCUGUUUCAUGAUGCCUCCAACCUCAUAGCUUGCAACUCUAGUCCAUCAGUGUAUUCUGCAAACCGCAAGAAAGCACUCAGAUAUGUCAUCAACAGGAUAACAGAUAACACAUACAGCCCUCUCCCUUUCUUCCUAUUUGGAGAUUUCAAUUUUCGCCUUGACACACUCAGUCUAGUACAGAACCUCUCCCUGUCGGCUGAGAUCCAGACGGUUAAAAAAGGCAGUAGCAAUGAGGUGGAAAAAAUCAUUUGUGAAGAGAAAGACAAUGACCACAAGGUCCUCCUUCAUAUAGAGACAAAGUUAUUUGCUUACUUGCACCAGGCUGUGUUCAGAGAAAACAAUGGAAAAGAGCUGCUGAAGUACGAUAAGGAGAUCUCUGCAUUCCAUGACGUCAUCACAGAGGAAGAUAUCCCAUUUCCUCCGAGUUACCCAUACAGUGAAGAUUACACUAAACCAACACAGUACAUGAAUACACGAUGUCCUGCAUGGUGUGACCGCAUCCUAAUGUCUCAUAGUGCAAGAGACAUCAUCCAUCGGAGGGAGGAUGGUGAGGGUAGUGUAGUUUAUGACACACUGGGUUCUAACAUCUGCAUGGGAGACCACAAGCCUGUUUUCCUGUUUUUUCCACUAAAGACAUAUGCACAUUGACACAGUGUUGGGAAAGUCAAAGGGUUUCCUGUGUUGUUCAUUGUCUACCAAGAGGUUAUUCUUUGGACGUCUCUACCCACCAUGCCAGGCUACACAGCAAGUACAUGUUCACUUUUACACAUGGAGACAAUGAGCAGGCCCCUACCCAACCCAGCACACAUGACCAUUGAAAUCUCCUGGCAAGCUUACGUGGAAAUGCUACUUUUCUUCUUUUUGCCGUCUGGUUUUCUCAUCAAAGUUUUUAACAAAGACUUCAAGCAUGAUCAGCAUGACUUUAGAAAUGUCUGAACAAAAAAAAUAAAAAGGGAUAAAUUUAAGAGAAGAACACAGACACUUUACUCACAAGCUCACAACUCCUCACCUUUUACAAGCAGCCAAGUUUCAGAUUAUACAUCUAGUAUAAGAACUCAAGAUUACAACUUCAUUGGUUUGCUUCGAAUCAUUGUAAGGAUUGCUAAAAAAAAGCACAGCAUAUCCAAACGCAAGCUGCUGCGACGCACAAGCUUUGGUUUCAGUCCGGAAUCAUCAUCUGCAUUUCAUCCAUGUGAAUUUGCCUUUAAUAGGAAUUGUUCAGCUAGUAUCUUUUUAGUCUUUACACUUCUAGAUGUGUGAGUAUAAAUUUACACUCACCUCAGCACUUAUGGGCUUCGGUGAGUUUUCAGCGUCAGUCAUUGUCUCUGUGGAGUUGUUAGUCAGACUCUGGGAUCAAUAGAAUAUGUACAGGACAGCAAGGGACAAAUUAUUAAGCCAUUAGCACUUGAGAAUUAUGGAAAUCCAACCCAGAGUGCUCUGGCCUGGAAGCCUCCCAGACUUUUAAUUAGAGCACUAGUGAAAUGUUGAAUGCUAAUGUGGAGCCUAAAUUCUGAAAUGUGUUUAUUGUUGUAAUUGUGUUAAAUCGUCAGUGCAUGCUAUUGUUUUCAUCUGUGUUGGUUUAGCGUUAAAUACAUUUAAAGCUAGUUGCUAUUACCAAGGUUCAUAUUUUAGGAUUCAGAGUGGUAAUAACCUGGUUUGUAAAUUGUUUUAUAUUUUACUUUGCGUUACUAAUUGACUUUAAAUUAUAAAUAGGUUGGGCUGCAUAGCUAUUUUUAAAUCAUCUUGUUUUACCGUCAAAAUGUUGAGCAGUCAAAAUAUGUAGAAAUCAUAUUAGUAAUAUCUUCAUUCUAAAACAUCCCUCCACAACACAUUGCUCAUUUCCUUUCAAAAUCAAGCAACUUGCAAAGUAUGACAAGCUCAGACAUCUUAACCCAACAUGAAUUUAUUGAUUAAAUCAAUAGAAUCUGAACUUCCAUGCAUAAUUUACGUGUGAGGGUUAAAUGGUGCAGCCCACCUGUCAAUAAUGGACUUGUUGUAGUUGAUUCAUGGUAUGGUCAACAUAAUUUACUGUUCUCGGGGGCAUUGCUCCAAACCGUGUUCAAUAGGAGGCCACGGAGUCACUGUAGGAGCGGCGUCAAUGUCAUUUAGCAUUUGAGAUUUUACUGAUAAACACAAACACUACAGUCUUUUAAGAUUUAUGUUCACUGUCGUUAGCAUGCUAAGUUAAACAUGUAUGUAGCCUUUCAUAUUUGCACUUCUUUUGGGGGCUUACUUUACUUUGCGGUGAGCAAUUUAAGACCAUACAUAAUAAA